GUCGACGCCGGUGAAGCCCGGCAUGCAUGUGCACGUGUAGCUGCCCUGGCCCGUGUUCAUGCAAGUGGCGCCAUUCACGCAGGGAUGAUGAUGCGUGCAAAAGUUGAGAUCUUCAUGGAGACGAAGGAAGGGAGAGUCUAAUAAAGCAAAGGGGGUCCCUAAAAUCCCCCCCAACCGACCAGCCACCAUCUGCCACUGAUCAGGCUGCCAGGAAAAAAAAGGCCCAUUAAAGGCACCAGACGAAGUUGAUCAUGGAGACCCAACAAGAACUUCAGAAUAAGGAUGGGAGCGGCUCGAACGAAAAAGCGAGGCGCCCACUAAUUACAUCGGUGACAUUCAGCGUAAAGCUUUCACGGUCGGUCGGCGCUUACGGGUCGAGCCCGGCGUCCAUUUUCUGACGUUCCAGCUGGUGCCCGCCGGCGCGUGAGCGGACGCCAGCCCGGACAAAUCGCAGCAGCUCGGGAGACAAAGUGCAGGAGGCCUGGCAACAGAUGAGCGCCCGAAUCCCGCGAGUCGGCCGGCACGUCCGAUCGGAAGCAAGCCUUAUCCGUCAGGAUUUCGGUCAUCAAGGCUCCUUUUGUUCCACGCACCCCCAGCAAAGUGACACGCGCACACACACAGCAGGGGCCAGCAGCAUUUGGCCCCCGCCGACCCGUCAGACACGCUGGUGCCUGGCUCGGACAGGCUUCGCGGCUUUGACCUUAUCAGCUGAUUGCGUGACACACCUCACAAUGCAUCGUUUGGCAGUAAACUUCAACUUGGAGUGGAAUGAACGUUUUGACGCACGUGUCACUUUCGGCCAAACUGCCCGCUGCCAUGAGGAUCGCGGAGGAUCCACGCAGGAGGAGACGCUCAGCUUCACGGCGGAGAGGCAGCAGGUUCAAGUUUGCUCGUGUGGAGGAGUGAGGUGGACUUCCUCUCCCCGGCCCCGCCGGAGUCAUGAUGUCCCUCACGCUUCACCUCAAGUCGGUCGCCAACCUCCCGGGGAAAGGUGACCGCGUUGCCAAAGUCACAUUUCGAGGGUCGUCCUUCUUCAGCCGUGUGGCGGCCAACUGCGACGACGUGGCUCACUUUAACGAGAUGUUUCGAUGGCCAUUAGCGAGCAGGCUGGACGGCAGCGAGAUGCUGGAAAUCCAAGUGUACAAUUACAGCAAAGUCUUCAGUAACAGGUCGGUGGGGACUUUCUGCAUGGUGCUCCAGAAGGUGGCAGAGGAGGGCCAGCUCCAGUUGACUGACACGCUCAUCGACGAUAACAACACGUCCAUAAAUACCAGCGUUACCAUAGAGAUCCGAUACCAGUCAAUGGAUGGCGCAGCGGGCAUGUGGAGUAACGGCGAGCAUCUGGAUGUCCCCGACGAUCGCGACGGGAUAUUUACCUUCGAGACGGACAGCUUGCUGUCGGGGCAAAGCCGCGGAUCCGGGACAUCUGCCAAACGAUCUUUGCAGGGAUCCAUCCCCACGUUCCGAAAAUCAGGGAACAGAGUGUUUGCAGCCAUGAAGCUUGGCAAGAUCAGGAGCUCACGAGAUGAUCACAAGAAAGAUGAGCCAGCAGUGCUCGACACGGAGGACCUGGACAAGAAGGCCAUGCGUCUGGCCGGAAUGUUGGAACCAGACGCCAUUUCUCUGGCUUCCGUCACUGCCGUCACCACCAACAUCUCCAACAAGAGGUCCAAACCAGACAUCAAGAUGGAACCGAGUUCUGGACGACCAGUGGAUUACCAGAUCAACAUCACGAUCAUCGAGGCCCGCCAGCUUAUUGGUCUCAACAUGGACCCCGUGGUGUGCGUGGAAAUUGGCGAUGAGAAGAAGUACACGUCCAUGAAGGAGUCCACCAAUUGCCCCUACUACAAUGAGUACUUUGUCUUCGACUUCCACGUCCCGCCUGACGUCAUGUUUGAUAAGAUCGUUAAGCUCUCGGUUAUCCGCUCGAAAAACCUUCUUCGGAGCGGAACGUUGGUAGGAACCUUCAAGAUGGACGUCGGGACUGUUUAUCAUCAGCCUGAACAUCAGUUCUACCACAAGUGGGCCAUCCUGUCCGACCCGGUCGAUAUCACGGCGGGAUGCAAAGGCUACUUGAAAUGCGACAUCGCCGUGGUAGGUAAAGGCGACAACAUCAAGACUCCGCACAAAGCCAACGAGACCGACGAGGACGACAUCGAGGGGAACCUGCUUCUUCCCGAAGGGAUUCCAGCCGAGCGUCAGUGGGCGAGAUUCUAUGUGAAGGUCUACCGUGCCGAGGGUCUCCCUAAGAUGAACACCAACAUUAUGGCUAACGUGAAGAAGGCCUUCAUAGGAGAAAAUCGGGACCUGGUGGAUCCUUACGUUCAAGUGCACUUUUCUGGGCAGAAGGGGAAGACCUCAGUCCAGAAAAGCAGUUACGAACCCAUCUGGAACGAGCAGAUCGUCUUCACCGAGCUCUUCCCGCCGCUCUGCAAACGCUUGAAGGUCCAAAUCCGCGACUCGGAUAAGGUGAACGACGUCGCCAUCGGAACCCACUUCAUUGACCUGCGCAAAAUAUCCAAUGAUGGUGACAGAGGGUUCUUGCCGACCUUGGGUCCGGCCUGGGCCAACAUGUACGGCUCUACACGCCAGUACACCUUGAUGGAUGAGCACCAGGAUCUGAACGAUGGACUGGGCGAGGGCGUGUCCUUCCGGGCCCGUCUACUGCUAUCCGUGGCCGUGGAGGUCCUAGACACCAGCUCCCCGGAGAUCCUCAGCUCCACCGACGUGCAGAUAGAUUCCGUCUCCAACAUCUCGGAGAGCGCCACGGGGAAGAUGGAGGAGUUCUUUCUCUUCGGAGCCUUCCUGGAGGCCACCAUGAUUGACCGAAAGAUCGGCGACAAGCCGAUUACAUUUGAGGUCACCAUAGGUAACUAUGGCAACCAGAUAGACGGCACCAGCAAGCCGUCAUUGUCGAGAAAGAAGAAAAAGGAUGACGAGAACGACGACGAGGACAGCGAACUCAUCCAGAACUCCAGCGAAGACGAGGCCGAUGAGGAAAGCGACCUGGAGUCGGUCUCCUGCACGCCCCACGUGAGGCCCGUCAUCACGGACAGGAAUUACUUUCACCUUCCCUACUCGGAGAAGAAACCAUGCGUGUACAUCAAAAGCUGGUGGCAAGACCAGAGACGACGACUGUACAACUCCAACAUGAUGGACAAGAUCGCCGACAAGCUGGAGGAAGGCAUCAAUGAUGUUCAGGAGAUCAUCAAGACAGAGAAGGCCUUUCCGGAGCGCCGACUCAGAGGAGUUCUGGAGGAACUGAGCGUUGGCUGCAGCCGCUUUAUAAAUUUGGCCAACAAGGACUUAAACCAGGCCGGGAGAACCAAACUGGAUCGGGAAAGACUCAAGUCCUGCAUGAGAGAGAUGGACAACAUGGGCCAGCAGGCCAAACAGAUGAGGACGCAAGUGAAGAAGAACACAGUGAAAGACAAAAUAAAAAUUGUGCAAAACUUCCUGCAGAGGCUUCGCUUCCUCGCCGACGAGCCUCAACACAGCAUCCCCGACGUGUUCGUGUGGAUGAUGAGCAACAAUAAACGCAUCGCGUACGCCCGCAUUCCAUCCAAGGACAUCCUCUACUCGCUCGUGGAUGAGGAGACGGGGAAGGACUGCGGCAAAGUUAAAGCUGUCUUUCUUAAGCUGCCCGGUAAAAAAGGUUUCGGGCCGGCCGGUUGGACCGUUCAGGCCAAGCUGGAGUUAUACUUGUGGCUGGGACUCACUAAGCAAAAGAAAGAAUUCCUCAGCGGUCUUCCCAACGGUUUUGAGGAGGUCAAAGCUCCUAAAACGGCAUCCAACCUGCUUCCCACUGUACCGCCCGUCAGCUUGGUGUAUAACAUGAAGCAGGUCUUCCAGCUGAGGGCGCACAUGUACCAAGCGCGAAGCCUGUUCGCCGCCGACAGCAGCGGCCUCUCCGACCCCUUCGCCAGAGUCUUCUUCUCCACUCAUAGUCAGGUUACUGAGGUUCUGAGCGAGACCCUGUGCCCCACUUGGGACCAGCUGCUGGUUUUCGACAACGUGGAGCUGUUUGGGGAGGCCGGCGAGCUGAGAGACGACCCGCCGAUCAUCGUGGUGGAAAUUUACGACCAAGACACAGUGGGCAAAGCGGAGUUCAUAGGUCGCACGUUCGCCAAGCCCACCAUCAAAAUGUGCGAAGAGCACUACGGCCCUCCGAGGUUUCCGCCCCAGCUGGAGUACUUUCAGAUCUACAGAGGGAACUGCACUGCUGGAGAACUGCUGGCUGCAUUUGAGCUCCUUCAGAUCCCUUUCGAUGGCGAGGAGGUUAGACGGGCUCUCAUCGCUGUCCAUAACUUUGCCGUUCCUCAGAUAAAGAUUGGUCAAGGAGGGACGGCGGAUCUUCCUCCGCUGGAAGGAGCGACAGAUUCCGAGCGAGGUCCGAUUAUCCCGGUUCCAAUGGGGAUCCGACCCGUUCUGAGUCGCUACCGCAUCGAGGUUUUGUUUUGGGGCUUGAGGGACCUCAAGAGGGUCAACCUGGCCCAGGUGGAUCGGCCCCGCGUGGACAUUGAGUGCGCUGGGAAAGGUGUUCAGUCUGUCGUCAUCCAGAACUACAAAAAGAACCCCAAUUUCAGCACAUUGGUUAAAUGGUUUGAGGUGGACCUUCCUGAAAAUGAGCUCCUCCACCCGCCGCUCAACAUCAGGGUGGUGGACUGCCGAGCUUUCGGUCGCUACACGCUGGUGGGUUCCCAUGCGGUCACGUGUCUGAGGCGUUUCCUCUACUGCACCCCCGACAAGACGUCCAGAAACUGGAGCAGCGCAGGCGAAAUCGUCAUCAACAUGGACUCCAUGGAACCCGCCAUCCGGAAAAUGGAUACGUGUGUCAAGUUAGAUGCUACAUCUGAUGCUGUUGUAAAAGUUGACAUGAUUGAGGAAGAGAGUGACCGAGACAAAAAGAAGAAGAAAAAGAAAAAGAAGGGAGCUCUGGAUGAAGAGGACGACACAGACGAGAGCGUGCUGGAUUGGUGGUCCAAAUAUUUUGCUUCCAUAGAGACGUUGAAAGAGACCAUCAGAGCUCAGGAAGCAGCUCAGGCCGAAGCAGAGGAGCGAGAAGACCUGGAAAUUGCAGCUGAGACGGCAGAUAUCAAAUACGAUGACGUUAUUCGGAAAGGCCACAGGAUGAGGGAGAGGCACAAGGAGAAGAGAAGUGCCAAGGAGAAGAAGAAGAGCCACACGGUGGACGCGGCCGAAAAACGAACAGUUAGAUCCAAAGUGGACGAGUUGAUGGUGUACAACAAGGAGCUCGAGACCGAGUACGGUAACUUUGAAGACUGGCUGCACACCUUCAACCUGUACAGAGGGAAAGCCGGCGACGACGACGAACACGCUCUGGAUGAGGACCGCAUUGUCGGGCGAUUUAAGGGUUCCUUGUGCAUGUACAAAGUACCAUUGUCCGAGGAGAUGACAAAAGACGUGGGAUUCGAUCCAAACAUGGGCAUGUUCCAGAGCAUUCCUCAUAACGACCCCAUCGGCGUGCUCGUUCGGGUGUACGUGGUCAGGGCCACGGAUCUUCAUCCUGCAGACAUCAACGGAAAAGCAGACCCGUACGUUGUCAUUAAACUGGGGAAAUCCGAAGUCAAGGACAAAGAGAACUACAUCUCCAAACAGCUCAAUCCCGUGUUUGGAAAGGCGUUUGACAUCGAAGCGACAUUCCCCAUGGAGUCCAUGCUUACGGUUUCCGUGUACGACUGGGACCUGGUGGGCACGGAUGACCUGAUCGGAGAGACCAAGAUCGAUUUAGAGAAUCGCUUCUACAGCAAAUACAGAGCCACCUGCGGCCUCUCCUCCACCUACUCUCUCCACGGGUACAAUAUUUGGCGGGAUCCUUUGAAGCCAAGCCAGAUCCUCGCAAAGCUCUGUAAGGAAGCCAAGAUCGAUCCUCCUCAGUACAGCCCGGGAGGGAAGGUCAAGGUGGCCAACUGCAUUUUCGUGGGACCGACCGAGAUCGAGGAUGAAAACGGUUUGAAGAAGCAGACGGAAGAACAUUUAGCUCUGACGGCGCUGAACCACUGGGAGGAGAUCCCACGAGUGGGCUGCCGGCUCGUUCCGGAACACGUGGAGACCAGGCCCUUGUUGAACCCGGAUAAACCGGGCAUUGAGCAGGGGCGAAUCGAGAUGUGGGUGGACAUGUUUCCUGCCGACAUGCCGGCUCCCGGGCCGGCCAUUGAGAUAGCACCACGGAAGCCCAAAAGAUAUGAGCUCAGGGUGAUUAUUUGGAAUACAGACGAAGUAAUACUGGAAGACGAUGAUUACUUCACUGGGGAAAAGUCCAGUGACAUAUUUGUCAGGGGCUUUGAGCUUCGUGUUAUUAUUUGGAACACUGAUGACGUAAUUCUAGAGGACGAUGCUUUCCUGACAGGGGAGAAGAUGUCUGACAUCUAUGUCAGGGGGUGGCUGAAGGGGCAGCAGGAAGACCGACAGGACACGGACGUGCACUACCACUCCCUGACCGGAGAGGGCAACUUCAACUGGCGCUUCGUCUUCCCCUUCGAUUACCUCAUGGCGGAGGAGAAAAUCGUCAUCUCAAAGAAAGAAUCCAUGUUCUCCUGGGACGAGACGGAGUACAAGAUCCCGGCUCGCCUCACCCUGCAGGUGUGGGACGCUGAUCAUUUUUCUGCUGAUGACUUCCUGGGUGCCAUCGAACUGGACCUAAAUCGCUUCCCUCGCGGGGCAAAGACAUCUAAGCAGUGCUCCAUCGACUUGAUCCGAAAUGAGCAGGAACUUCCCUCCAUUUCCAUCUUCAAGCAAAAGAGGGUGAAGGGUUGGUGGCCCUUUGUGGCUCGCGAUGAGAACGAUGAAAUGGAGCUGACGGGCAAAGUGGAGGCUGAACUCCAUCUGGUGACUGCAGAGGAGGCAGAGAAAAGUCCAGUGGGACUCGGACGGAACGAGCCCGAUCCACUGGAAAAACCAAAUCGGCCAGACACCACCUUCCUGUGGUUCCUGAGCCCGCUGAAAGCUAUCCGCUACCUGGUGUGCAACCGCUACAAGUGGCUCAUCAUCAAGAUCGUGCUGGUCCUGCUCCUGCUCAUCAUGCUGGGCCUUUUCCUGUACAGUAUGCCAGGCUACCUGGUCAAGAAGUUGCUCGGGGCCUAAACCAGAACAUCAAGUGGGCGGGGAGAGUGGAAGUAUAUCUAUCUAUCUAUCUAUCUAUCUAUCUAUCUAUCUAUCUAUCUAUCUAUCUAUCUAUCUAUCUAUCUAUCUAUCUAUCUAUCUAUCUAUCUAUCUAUCUAUCUCGAUAGAUAUAGAUAUAUGUAGAUAUAGUAAAGUGUGUAUAUAUAUAGUAAAGUAUGAAUAUAUGUCUGUCUGUGAAGUCUCUCUCUCUAUUUAUAUGUAUGUAUAGUACAUAUACAACUAUGAUUUGACUUAAUAUUUUUCACAUUUAAACAUUUUCUUGUUUUGUACCAACAAAAUAAACGAUUGUUUGAAUAA